CUGGUGGUGGUGCUGGUGGUGGUUGGUGGUGGUGGUGGUGGUUGAUGAUGAUCCAACUCUGCCCGGCAGAGGGCGCACAAGCCACGUGAUCGGCCUGCCACCGCACGCGGCGUUUCGCGACACUUUACGACUCCGGACGCCGGUCGUGGUGGUGGACCGGCUUUACGGCCGCCGUCGGCGCGAUCGGCAAGGUCACAACAACGGCACGUGCGUAGCCUAACGCACUGUACGCUAACGCACUGUACAGUUUAAUUAUCGCCGGUUUAAAAAAGUUUCAACUUCACUACGUUUUUAAAAACAACAACAACAACCCCGAUACCUGACGGAUUUCUGAGGCGCGACGCUGCGAGCUGCCGGGAAGGGUUUGUGUUGUGUGCCGUUUCCUUGCGAGCAAUGCCCCCUGCCUCUGCGCUGCGUGCUGCAGCCGUGGGACAGGUUGCAGGGAGCCGGGGAUGGCGGCCCCGUCGGGCGAGGAACGGCGCCGCUGCUGGUCGGGCCGCGACGCCUUCUGGAAGUGCGCGGACGCGAGCGAAGCGGCUGGGCGCAACCCCGAGUCGGAAUGCGCCGCCCUGCGCAAGGAGUUCGUGGAGGCCUGCCCUCGGCAGUGGACCAAGUAUUUUGACCGCAGGAGGGAUUACCUGAAAUUCAAGGAGAAGCUGGAGACGGAGGGCUUUCAGCCAUACCAAGAGAAUCAAGGCGGCAAAUCCUGACAAGGACCUGACCGCCAUCAGCUCGUCGGUGGCCCUACAAGUCUGGGAGUGUGGAGGCUUCUCCACGGCGUUUCCCGUGUCCGCUUCACCCACCACCCCUCUCCGUUGCCUCGUCUAAAGCGUCGCGCUCCAAGCGAGCAGGGAUUCUGUUUAGAGCCCCCCCCCCGCCCGAGAGGGAUUAGUUUGUAACGGCAUGGCCUCGUUGGUUGGUGACGCGUUGGUCAAAGCGAGCUGCGUUGCCAAUGCUCGGUGCACAAUGCCCAUAUUGUGUGGAAAUGUUUACUUCUCCAAAUAGUUAAAAUUAGGUGGGCAGGGAGGGUGUCAAAUAAAAAAAUAUAACAACCACUUGAUAUCCCACAAGACUCCGUUGUCCAUAAAGUUUAGUUUGAGAUGAGGACGAUUGAGCAAAUUGUUCAAUUAGCUUUGUGACCAUCGACACAUGCAAGAACACCCAUGCUGCUUAUAUCAAUAUUGUUAAAACAACUUUUUAACUCAUGCAGUCUUAUCAAACAUCAUUUGUUGUAAAUAUAUAUUACAUUAUUCUCACAUUAUUGUUGUGGAUUACUGUCGCCCAGAGUAUGAUCAUCCUAUUAAAAACAGAAAGAAAAAAACCACA